CUUACCCUUACGCAGAAUCGGAGUGGCUUAUUGUACAGGCAAUUUCUGGUUGACUAAAUCACUCAAAAUGAAAUACGUUGUCUUGUGGGGUUGCCAUGUAAGAAAGACCUGAUGCACUUUUUUUUAACAAAACAUCCCUUAGAUGAAUUUUGAGAUUUCGUGCUACCUAGUAUUUUUUAAUUAGAAUAGGUUCUAUUUGUGUCAUGUUUGCCCUGUGGAUGCUGCUGCAACUGCUUCUUCUCCUGUACCCGAGCUGCCGGCGGGGCGUGAUUUCUAGCCCCACCGAUGAUAGCGCAGCUCGGAGCGGCCGCGGAGACCACGGGGAGCCGGGCCACGAAGAAACGCACCAGGAUUCCUACAGCACCUUUGCGUCCGAGUUUUUCGAGUCCAGAUACUUGACGGAUGAAGGUUACCCCUUUCCUACUGCCCCACCAGUAGAUCCAUUUGCCAAAAUCAAAGUGAGUGACUGUGGGAUAACUAAAGGAUGCUUCAGGUAUGGCAAACCAGGUUGCGAUGCAGAGACGUGUGAUUACUUCCUCAGCUACCGCAGAAUUGGAGCAGACGUGGAAUUUGAGCUGAGUGCUGACACUGAUGGCUGGGUAGCAGUGGGAUUUUCGUCAGACAAGAAGAUGGGUGGGGAUGAUGUCAUGGCCUGCGUCCAUGACGACAACGGGCGGGUUCGCAUCCACCACUUCUACAACGUGGGCCAGUGGGCCAAGGAGAUCAAGAGGAACCCAGCGCGGGAUGAGGAGGGCAUCUUUGAGAACAACAGGGUGACGUGCCGCUUCAAGAGGCCAGUUUACGUCCCUCGUGAGGAGACUCUCGUUGACCUGCACCUGAGCUGGUACUAUCUGUUUGCCUGGGGCCCAGCGAUUCAAGGGUCCAUCACGAGGCACGACAUUGACUCUCCGCCCGUGUCGGAUCACAUGAUCAGCAUUUACAACUACGAGGACGUCUUCAUGCCCUCGGCUGCGUACCAGACGUUCUCCUCCCCCUUCUGUCUGCUGCUCAUCGUUGCGCUCACGUUCUAUCUGCUGAUGGGGACGCCGUAGCCUGGCCGCUACGAAAGUGGAGGGGCCAAGCAAUAAUACGCAGGACUGAGAACAACUGUGCGCCACUGCCCAGGGGUGGCUCUGGAAAGGCGCCAUGUAAUAAUAAGCUGGAGAAGAAGAAGGGCACUGAUUAGGAAGCAAAUGAUUGUAGUUUCACCAUCAUCUAACCAAACCAUUAACUGAUAAUGCACAAUGAACUCUUCGUUCUCUGGGCCAUUCUCUGAGGCAGGCGAUACGUUUACAUUGGUGUUGGAUUUAGUGACCUUGGCCUUACUUCACGGUCUGCUCCAGCACUGGCUUUUGUAUUUAUUAUUUAUAUUGAUGCUGUGAUUGCCAGUUCCAUCCUUUUCAUGUUUCUCCUUUGUUCUACGAUGGGUCCAGACAGGAUGCGACCGCAGCUGAGAAAAUCUGAUGAACGACAGCAGUGAAUCUGGGUGGUUUCAGCAGGUACAGGAACGUGGUGUGAAACCGUUUUCAGCCUUGCUCAUAUUUGUAAUCUGUUUUGUUUUUUUCUGUGCACGCUCUUUGCACUAUUUCUGACGAUAAACUAGUCUAUAAACCUGUGCAGAGUCAAUUGGUUGGUUUCUAAUUGGUUCAUUUGUGAUAUCUGUGCCCACAUUCACAGGCACAAAUGGUCCUUGGUUUCAUGUUGUUAUGACAAAUCUACUCUAGCAUUAUAUAUUACCACAGAGUAAACUGCCAAAGGCGUGGGAUGAAGGACAGCCAGAAUAACAUUCCAUUUCAAGAUUUAGAAAUCCAACAUUUAAAAAGAAAUAUAUAUAUAUAUUACCAUGGCUUCACUGUUCAGUUCAUUGUUGACCUUCGUUGAUGGGCUGGAUCCUGAGAAGAGUCUCAGUUCUGAUGUUGGAAGAUAUAAGGAGCAUGCAAAGCGUUUGAUGUUAUUAUGACCGCUGCUGCUCUCUAUCCAGGCCUAAACAACCCAGGGGGCUGCCUUAAGUCCCCGACCUGACCUGCAGGGACACUGAACACCCUGAACAAGCAGCUGACAAGAUGAAUGGUUAACGUUCUAAAAAACCUUUGAUGGCUAAAAUAUUUGCAAACCAUAUUAGAAAAAUUAUUUUUUAGCAUUUCAUGUUACCCCGUCAUUGUCCCCAUGCCUGCUUUGCAAAUUACUUUCCUUUAACAAAUAACAGAAAAAUGAGAUGCAGAAUGUAUCGGGAAUACUUAAAUAUUGAAUAUAAGGUCAAAUAACUACUUUUUACUUUAAUAAAUAACUUAUUAUACUGUACCUUUAUCAUACUUCACAUGAAUAGUAGCUUCCUUGUGGCGUCUGUAUAUACAGCAAAGCUGAUGAACGACUCCUUACAUGUGUUGUUUUAAAGGGAAAAUAGAAGUUAUUUACAAUGUUUAUCUUGCCCAUCAUGGUUCUCUUGAAUAUGCCUCUCUAGUCAGUGAACUAAGGUGCAUUGUCAGACCAUUGGUCUUCAGGAAUAUUGCACUUUUGUCAUAACUAUACAAUCUAGGAUCCAUAAGAAAAAUAACAUGGUAAUGUUGAGAUAGCAGUGAGCAUGUCAUUAGGGUUAAUAACGCCCAUCAUUAAGGUUUUUACUGAGUGACAAGACAGGGUUGUGUUGUCUUCCUGACAAAAUAUUCAUUUUAUCUGCUUUAUUUACUGCAUUUGUAUGCCAGUUGAUUUGCUGAAAAUCAAGUCAAACGAAAAGAUUAGUUUUGCAUAAUAAAAUUCCUUGUACGUUGCUGGUAAUGGUACCAAGCAUGGGUACAGCUGUUGCAGAAUUGAAGAAUUCUGUCUUAAAAAGAUAAUCAGUUCACUGUCUCCCCUUUAUAUUCUGUAACAUAGAAAGUGAAUUUUUGUGAUUUUUUUUAUCAGUUCAGGAAUAUGAAUCAGAACAUUCUGUCCGUUGAAACAGUCUAUAGUAGAGUUGGAUUCAGAAAAGUAAUUGCUUGACAGGAAGGAAGCUUACUUGGCUCUUACAGUAUGUGUAGACUAUUGAUCUGAUAAUUAAGAUUUGUACUGUAUUACUGAAUCACGUGUGCCAUCUAUUUUUCCUUUUGGGUGAAACUUAAAUAGGUUUUGCUGUCCCAUUAUUGAGAUAUAUGUACAGUUACAGUAUAUCUUGAGUCCGAAUGUGCCUGGAGAGUAUGGGAGAGAUUAUAUAUGUGCGUAUUAGUUUCUCUGUGAAUUAAGUAUUAAAAACAAAAGGUUAUGCAAUACUGCUUUCAGACAGAGCUCAAAUACGUAAAACCUUGAAGUGUAAAAGUACAUUGAGGAGAGUCAGAAAAUAAUGGGAUAUCAAAUAAUUCUAGGAAAUUGCAGUACAGAUGAAGAGGAUUUACUUUUUUGUGCCCAUGUCUGUGGGAGUUCUGGUCAUUUAAUGUACAUCAACAUGAAAUUGUUUAAUCCAUUCAAUAAUAGGGAGUAAAAGUGCUUCACUGUAGCUCUAGAACUAUCAGGUACAUUGUAGCUACAGCUCUCAACAGAUGGAGAGUGGGCGGCCAGUGACACUGAGGUUUUGUUAAGAGUAAGCCUGCCAGUUUGGUUGUGCUGUAAGGCUUGACUGAUACUGCAUCCAUGUAUUAAUGUUUUUAUUUUCACUUGCAGCAUUUCUUCCUAAUAAACUUCAUGUUGAAAAAAAGUUA